GCGCGGGAGGCGGAGACCCAGCAGAGGGAGCUCAGCUUGCGAGACGCCUUCUCCGCCCCUCGCCCGGGCUGCUGCGGCGGUUCCCUUCCCGCGGGGGCCGGGCUCCGGAUUUGAAAAUGCGGGAGUGGCUGGUGCUGCUGUGCCUGGGGAGGAGGCGGGAGAUGGCCGGCCGGGGGGCCGGGGCGGAGCGGGCAGCCUGGCUGCGGCAGUACUACACGCAGAGACAGAAGAGGCUGAUGACGCUGCUGAUUGCCCGCCGGAGGAGAUCUAGCUGUUACUUCCACCCACGCUCAUGGCCCAGCUUCCGGAACGCUGACUGGUGGGAACAGGUGGUCCUGAAAGACUUCCAGCCUCGGGACUGGCUGGAGAAAUUCCGAAUGUCCAAGGAGACCUUCUUCUAUGUCUGCAACCAGCUGCGACCCAAGCUGUCCCACCCGAGUACCCAGCCCCACCCCAUGCUGCCUCUGGAGCAGCGGGUAGCCGUGGCCGUUUGGCACCUGGCCACCAAUGUAGAGUACCAGACAAUCAGCCCCCUCUUUGGGGUGGGUCCGUCCACAGUGCAGAACUGUGUCAAGGAGGUCAGCUACGCCAUUGUGCUGCUGCUGAAGCCGCUCUACCUCCGGCUGCCCAGCGAGCAGGAGCUGGAGAACAUGGUGCGCAUCUUCAGUGCCCGCUGGGGAUUCCCACACUGCAUCGGUGCCUUGGACAGCCUCCAUGUCCCCAUCCAUGCCCCUGCGCACCUCGGUGCCGACUACUGCAACAGCCAGCGCUGGCAUUCUGUCCUCACGCAGGCCACGGUGGAUGGGCUGGGUCAGUUCUGGGACAUCUGCGCCGGCUUCCCUGGCAGCAUGGCGAACAGCACUGUCCUGGAAAACUCCAGCUUGUGGGUGUUAGCCAGGGAGGGCCGCCUCUUCCCAACCCCCCCGAAACAUUUCAUGGGGAGGGCACAAAGGUAUGUCCUGUUGGGAGAUGCCUCUUACCCGCUGCGGGACUGGAUCCUCAAGCCUUACCCAGAAGACGGCACCCUCACCCCACAGCAGCUCCAGUUCAACUAUCGCCUGAAGCGAGCCCACAGCGUGAUCGAGAAUGCCUUCCUGCGCCUCAAGGCCCGGUGGCAGUUCCUCCUGAAAUGUGACGACUGCAGCCUGGACCUGCUGCCCACAGUCAUCCUCGCCUGUUGCACCCUGCACAACGUGUGCGAGGCCCACGACAGCCCCUUCAAUGAUGAGUGGCUGGAGGUGCUAGAGCCCGCCGAGUUCUCAAAGCCCUGCCAGCCUGUGCCCGUGUCCAUGGACGACAGCAGCGCUGAGGAAGUGCGAGAGCUGAUGUGCGAAUACUUUGAAAGCUACGGAGAAGGCUGAUUGCUUCAAAGCAAUGCCACGUGCGCUCCAGCUCUCAAACUUUCAGUAACUCUAGUACGUCUAACAUUGCCCCAGCAAUCAAAGGCUACUGAAUGGGAACUGUGCACUGCCACAUACUGCAGAGCCUUUUCCGUGGAAUAAAGGUGGCUUGGGGGCUUGGGAAGGAGCCAGCCCUUCUCAGCUCAGUCACCAGUUCCAGUCUAGAGGAGGUCGGCCGCAUUGUGCUACACCAGUCUUCGCUGUGGUGCUGCCAGGCAGCGGGAUGGAUUUCAUGCCUUUGGAUUCUGCCAGAGUUUAGACGAUCUUGUGUCGUGGUCUGUGAGAUGUAAAUAAAACAGGGGGUCUAAGUUUGGACAGAAAGAGCGGUGCAUAUUUUUUUUGCUUUCUUCACAAAUAAGUCGGGCUCAGUAGCUCAGGGCGAUGGGGAAAGGACACGGAGCCUGUCAUGUCCCUGGUAUGAAGCCAGCCUGGGCUGCAGGCUGGCAGUCAGGGAAAGUUACCAGCUGCUGAGUUCUCAGUGGCCUGUGGGAAAAGGUGGGUGGAUCUCAGUUCAGCAGACAGGCGUCCUUCACCCAGUGCUACUGUUCCUGUUGGCCCAGUGUCACCUGCAUGGGCAGCCUCAGAAGCAAGCGCCUAGAUGCCGUGGUGAUGGGUGCUCCAGAAACACAUCAGCAGAAAGGCCAAAGGUUGGAAUAGGCACUAUUGUCUGAAUCACAAUAGCAUCUGGAGGCCCCAGCCGAGGACAGGACCCAGAGAUGCCAGUCCCUGCCCUGAUGAGCUCACUGGCUGAUAGGGUGACUAGACGUCCCGAUAAAAUCGGGGCUGUCCCGAUAUGUAGGUGUUUGUCCCGCAUCCCGAGAUUUCACUCCGCCGGCAGCAUUUGGCUUUUUUUCCCCCUCCGCCGGCGGACCCCCCCACCCCUCAUGUGUCCCGAUAUUUUCUUCCUCUCAUCUGGUCACCUACUGUCUGAACAGGCAAGAUGCAUACAAGGUGGGAGGGGAAGUGACUUGCCUGAGGCCAGCAGCAGAGCUGGGGUAAGAAUCCAGCAGUCAAGGAUUCCCAGGCUAGCACCCUACCCACUAGACUGCAUAACCUCCACGUCCCUCAGGUGGCUGAAAUACCUUCCCAGCCUGAGGCUGAAGUUCCUGUCUAAUG